GCCGCAGCCUCCGGCUGCCCGCAGCCGCUGGGACCUGCGGAACGGCAUGGUAGGGAGGCCCGGGGCGGCUCCCGCGAGCGUGGAGGACGGGGACCCUUCCGCGGUGCCCCCGCCCCGCGUCCCGGGCCGGGCCGGGCCUGCGAGGGACCGGCCACCGCAGCCCAGCGUGCCUCCGCCUCCCCGGGACGUCCCCGCCAGGCUGCGAGGGUUGCGGCCGGCCGGCGCGGCCUCCCAAGGGCGAUCGCGGAGACCUGGGAGGCGCUGGGUCCCCAGCCUUUAGCCAUGGCUAUUGAAGAGGAAGGAGGCGAUCCAGAUAAUAUUGAAUUAACUGUUUCAACUGAUACUCCAAACAAGAAACCAACUAAAGGCAAAGGUAAAAAACAUGAAGCAGAUGAGUUGAGUGGAGAUGCUUCUGUGGAAGAUGAUGCUUUUAUCAAGGACUGUGAAUUGGAGAAUCAAGAGGCACAUGAGCAAGAUGGAAAUGAUGAACUAAAGGACUCUGAAGAAUUUGGUGAAAAUGAAGAAGAAAAUGUGCAUUCCAAGGAGUUACUCUCUGCGGAAGAAAACAAGAGAGCUCAUGAAUUAAUAGAGGCAGAAGGAAUAGAAGAUAUAGAAAAAGAGGACAUCGAAAGUCAGGAAAUUGAAGCUCAAGAAGGUGAAGAUGAUACCUUUCUAACAGCCCAAGAUGGUGAGGAAGAAGAAAAUGAGAAAGAUAUAGCAGGUUCUGGUGAUGGUACACAAGAAGUAUCUAAACCUCUUCCUUCAGAAGGGAGCCUAGCUGAGGCUGAUCACACAGCUCAUGAAGAGAUGGAAGCUCAUACGACUGUGAAAGAAGCUGAGGAUGACAACAUCUCGGUCACAAUCCAGGCUGAAGAUGCCAUCACUCUGGAUUUUGAUGGUGAUGACCUCCUAGAAACAGGUAAAAAUGUGAAAAUUACAGAUUCUGAAGCAAGUAAGCCAAAAGAUGGGCAGGACGCCAUUGCACAGAGCCCGGAGAAGGAAAGCAAGGAUUAUGAGAUGAAUGCGAACCAUAAAGAUGGUAAGAAGGAAGACUGCGUGAAGGGUGACCCUGUCGAGAAGGAAGCCAGAGAAAGUUCUAAGAAAGCAGAAUCUGGAGACAAAGAAAAGGAUACUUUGAAGAAAGGGCCCUCGUCUACUGGGGCCUCUGGUCAAGCAAAGAGCUCUUCAAAGGAAUCUAAAGACAGCAAGACAUCAUCUAAAGAUGACAAAGGAAGUACAAGUAGUACUAGUGGUAGCAGUGGAAGCUCAACUAAAAAUAUCUGGGUUAGUGGACUUUCAUCUAAUACCAAAGCUGCUGAUUUGAAGAACCUCUUUGGCAAAUAUGGAAAGGUUCUGAGUGCAAAAGUAGUUACAAAUGCUCGAAGUCCUGGGGCAAAAUGCUACGGCAUUGUAACUAUGUCUUCAAGCACAGAGGUGUCCAGGUGUAUUGCACAUCUUCAUCGCACUGAGCUGCAUGGACAGCUGAUUUCUGUUGAAAAAGUAAAAGGUGAUCCCUCUAAGAAAGAAAUGAAGAAAGAAAAUGAUGAAAAGAGUAGUUCAAGAAGUUCUGGAGAUAAAAAAAAUACGAGUGAUAGAAGUAGCAAGACACAAGCCUCUGUCAAAAAAGAAGAGAAAAGAUCGUCUGAGAAAUCUGAAAAAAAAGAAAGCAAGGAUACUAAGAAAAUAGAAGGUAAAGAUGAGAAGAAUGAUAAUGGAGCAAGUGGCCAAACAUCAGAAUCGAUUAAAAAAAGUGAAGAAAAGAAGCGAAUAAGUUCCAAGAGUCCAGGACAUAUGGUAAUAUUAGACCAAACUAAAGGAGAUCAUUGUAGACCAUCAAGAAGAGGAAGAUAUGAGAAAAUUCAUGGAAGAAGUAAGGAAAAGGAGAGAGCUAGUCUAGAUAAAAAAAGAGAUAAAGACUACAGAAGGAAAGAGAUCUUGCCUUUUGAAAAGAUGAAGGAACAAAGGUUGAGAGAACAUUUAGUUCGUUUUGAAAGGCUGCGACGAGCAAUGGAACUUCGAAGACGAAGAGAGAUUGCAGAGAGAGAGCGUCGAGAGCGAGAACGCAUUAGAAUAAUUCGUGAACGGGAAGAACGGGAACGCUUACAGAGAGAGAGAGAGCGCCUAGAAAUUGAAAGGCAAAAACUAGAGAGAGAGAGAAUGGAACGCGAACGCUUGGAAAGGGAACGCAUUCGUAUUGAACAGGAACGUCGUAAGGAAGCUGAACGGAUUGCUCGAGAAAGAGAGGAACUCAGAAGGCAACAACAGCAGCUUCGUUAUGAACAAGAAAAAAGGAAUUCCUUGAAACGCCCACGUGAUGUAGAUCAUAGGCGAGAUGAUCCUUACUGGAGCGAGAAUAAAAAGUUGUCUCUAGAUACAGAUGCACGAUUUGGCCAUGGAUCCGACUACUCUCGCCAACAGAACAGAUUUAAUGACUUUGAUCACCGAGAGCGGGGCAGGUUUCCUGAGAGUUCAGCAGUACAGUCUUCAUCUUUUGAAAGGCGGGAUCGCUUUGUUGGUCAAAGUGAGGGGAAAAAAGCACGACCUACUGCACGAAGGGAAGAUCCAAGCUUCGAAAGAUAUCCCAAAAAUUUCAGUGACUCCAGAAGAAAUGAGCCUCCACCACCAAGAAAUGAACUUAGAGAAUCAGACAGGCGAGAAGUACGAGGGGAGCGAGACGAAAGGAGAACGGUGAUUAUUCAUGACAGGCCUGAUAUCACUCAUCCUAGACAUCCUCGAGAGGCAGGGCCCAAUCCUUCCAGACCCACCAGCUGGAAAAGUGAAGGAAGCAUGUCCACUGACAAACGGGAAACAAGAGUUGAAAGGCCAGAACGAUCUGGGAGAGAAGUAUCAGGGCACAGUGUGAGAGGCGCUCCCCCUGGGAAUCGUAGCAGCGCUUCGGGGUACGGGAGCAGAGAGGGAGACAGAGGAGUCAUCACAGACCGAGGAGGUGGAUCACAGCACUAUCCUGAGGAGCGACAUGUGGUUGAACGCCAUGGACGGGACACAAGCGGACCAAGGAAAGAGUGGCAUGGUCCACCCUCUCAAGGGCCUAGCUAUCAUGAUACGAGGCGAAUGGGUGACGGCCGGGCAGGAGCAGGCAUGAUAACCCAGCAUUCAAGUAACGCAUCCCCAAUUAAUAGAAUUGUACAAAUCAGUGGCAAUUCCAUGCCAAGAGGAAGUGGCUCCGGAUUUAAGCCAUUUAAGGGUGGACCUCCGCGACGAUUCUGAAAAUGAGCUCUCUGCCAAGGUUUUAAGAUAAUUUAUUGAAAUCUCCUGUAAACUUUACUUGACUACUUAUGAAGAGGACCUCUGACUUGCUUGAGAGUUCUGUCAGACUUUUCUUUUUAAAAAUUUAACAUGAUUGCUUUUCUCAAUUUUGGAGAAGAUGUUUAAAUAGUUCUGUUGUAACUUUUAAUAGUUUUGUGUAUCAUUCAACUUUUUUUCUUGCAGCACCGAGGCACAUUUGAAAAGAUGGAAAUUGAAGUCGUUUUGUUUAAUGCUGUGUGAAUAUAAAGAGUAGUUUGCAGCUGUGUGGUAGUGGUUUAAUUUGCAGCCUUAGCUCUGUGGUGUCUGGCUCUAGAGUUACUUCUUUUUACCAAGCAUUUUCAGCCUCCAUUUUGAAGGCUGUCUACACUUAAGAAGUCUUAGCUGUCUAAUUUUUAGAGAAUAAGAUUGUUCAUUGCAUUUCUGAGUAUUAUGUAACCUAUUUUUGCAGAAGGUACUGUUACAUUAAGUGCAUCUGUGUAUCCUGGUUUAAAAAAAUGUAAUCUUUUUUGAAAUAAACCUUCAUAUUCUGUAUAGUUGCUAAAGUGUUGAGAACCUUUUUAAUUGUAAAAUGAGAACCAAUUUUCAGUUUAGUGUAGCAGCACACUUGUUCAGGUUUGCAUGGUAUGAAACCAAAUAGAUUCAUGAAACCUUGGCCAUGAGGUUUGUUUCACAAGGUUCUUAGACCGAGUUGUGCAGGUAAGUGCACUUUUAGGUAAUCUGCACUGUUUGAUGGAUAAAUUCCAUCUCUGGGAAUUGUGUGGGUAUUAAUGUUUCCAUGUUCCCAACUAUGUUGAGAAGUGGAAAAAAACCCAGGUUCUAGAUGGGUGAAUCAGUUGGGUUUUGUAAAUACUUGUAUGUGGGGAAGACAUUGUUGUCUUUUUGUGAAAAUAAAAAUCCACACCUGGAA